CUCCCCUUCCCUUCUCUUCCUCCCCGGGGCAGAGAGCCGCACCGCCGCCUCCUCCUCCUGCUCCUCCUGCGGCUUCACACAUGGCGGCCGCCGCGAAAAACUAUACGCCGUUUUUAAAAGCGGAGUUAAGUGGGGAGGUGAUGGUGGUGGUGUGGUGGGGGGGAGUCACCGUGACAGGCCGUAGAUGAGCGCCAUGGUGGAUUACAGUGUUUCAAAUGGACCUGGAUCCCUGUUCUCAUCUGAGCCAGAGGACGUGGCUCUGAUAUCCCUCCUGGAAUGCCCCUUGUGUUUUGAGCAGCUGGACGCUUCUGCCAAGGUGCUGCCCUGCCAGCACACCUUCUGCCUGUACUGCCUGCAGAGGCAUGGGGUGGCCCAGUCCCAGCUGUUCUGCCCCGAGUGCGGAGCUCCUGUCCCUGUCAGGACGGUGGAGGAGCUGCCGGAAAACCUGCUGCUGGUCCGGCUCCUGGAGGGGCUUCAGGGGCUCUCUGGUGCUGGGAAAAGCCCAAACAGGGUCCGGUAUGCACUGCCAGUAGAUAAGGGCAGCUUGGAGGAUCAGCAGCAGGAGGGUCAACGCAGAGAGAGGCAAGGAUGCGGUGAGGCGGCCUUCAGAUCGUCAGCAAACAACCACCGGGCUGACGUGCCGGGGGAGCUGGUCUUCACACCUGCUGGCAGUGUCCCUCCCAGCCAUAAAGCAGAGGACAAGCGGUACUAUGAAAACAUCAGCGACAGCAGCAGAGCGUCUCUCGGCGCGUUGCAGGCGGGCAGCCAGACGCCUCAGCUGCAGCCCCCGCAGCAGGCCCCGCCGCAGGCUCUCUGCAGGGCGCUCUGUGACUUCAACCCAGAAGAGAUGGAUGUGGAAGACAGCAAAUAUUAUCUCAGCUUCCUCAAGGGAGACAUCCUGACAGCCAUCAGGCGAGUGGAUGAGCACUGGAUCGAGGCAAAGCUGGGGGAGAAAGUUGGGAUUUGUCCCAGACAGUUUGUAGAGCCAAACUCUGCAGCAGCCAAGCUGCUUAAAGGAAAGGGCCGGAGCGGGAGUGACUCAGCAGAACCUCACCAUCAGUCCGGCAGCGGGGGCAAAGACAAGGCCGCUGACGCAUUCAGCCGCUCUGCCCAUUACGGAGUCCCUCAGGUCCAAACCAAGACGCCCGUCAUCAAUGCUUUUCGGAAGCAGCCCACAGCCAGCUCCUUCCAGUCGGCCGCCAACAUCAGCUUCAUCCCUCAGGGUCAGCCGCAGCACUUCUCGGUGCCCUCCGCAGCGCGAAGCCAGUCCCACCCUCGCAGAGUGAACUCUCGGCGAAACAGCCGGCGCUCUGACUCCCACAGACACCUGUUACAGAGUGAGAAGAAAAUGACCAGCGAGACCCCGUCCACAAUCUCCAUGGCUCUGAUGAACCCCCAAACGGCCUCCUCCUCUGCAGACGGCAGAAACUCCUCCACGCAGCAGCUCUCGAUCAGCGUGUGCGCUGUCCUGUACUCCUACAAACCUCGACGACCGGAGGAACUGGAGCUGAGGAAAGGAGAGAUGGUGGGCGUGUACGGGAAGUUCAAAGAUGGCUGGCUGCGUGGGCUGUCGCUCCGAACGGGGAAAGUGGGCAUUCUUCCUAGCAACUACAUCACCCCUGUGCUCAGAACCUCAGCCAGACUUUUGGAGACCAAAGCAGCUAACACAUCCUCGCAUUACAACACAUUAUCUGGGAAGAAACCCACCGCUGCAAAAAAUCCCACUGUGGUCCUUGCUCUCGACAAGGUGGGCGGUGAUGGAACGAAAUUCUCAACAGGACAGGUGUCGGCUGUGCCAAAUGGAGCACAGCAUGCCGCGUCCUCCAGUGGAGCUGCUAAGCCAUCCUUUUAUGGGACGUCUCAAGGUUGGGACACUGUGAGACGUGUUUUCAACCCCAGAGGUCACAGUUGUAAAACAAAAAUGCACUCUUUACAUUUUAUUUCAGCCUCAACCGUCCCUCAUGUGUCCUCCUAUAACAUCCCGUCCAACUCGCAACCUUUCGCACAAGUUCAGGCGUCGGGCUACUCACCUGCUCUGCAGAGAAAGAGAAAUGGCAGCUUCCCAUUCUCCAACUCCAAACCUUAUGGCUGGAUGACUGAGCCAGCAGCGCUCUCUGCUGGUGCGGUCAUGAAGGACAGGGACUGUGGUGCCUCACACGAAUCAGUAUUUCGGCACCACAGGCAGCCUGCUGCAAAUGCACCUCAGUCGAUUCUAGUCAGACAAGACGCACAGAAAAACAGCCUAGACAAGCCUCCAAAAUCAGUUCGGUUCCUGACGGAUGAAGAGUCUCCUCCUCCAAGACAUCGGACCUCCUCCUGGUCAUCUGGGUCUCAGGUUCACCCAAACUGUCGUCCUGGGCCCCUGCCGUUAGAAGUGUGGGCCCCUUCUCUCACCAUGGGGAGAGACGGACCGGGGAUCCUUCUCAAAGACGGGAAAGGUCCAGUUCUUAGGAAGGGCUUUGAAACGGCCAUUUCUGAUCCAAAUUCUAACCCGCAGAAACCAUUCCACUCACAGCCGUCGCUGUCAGCCUUGUCGGCUCAGUUCAGCCCCGUCAGGCACAGAAUGACCACAACACAUUUAGCCCAGACAGACUCAGAGCUCAGUCUGCUGCAAGGAGAGGUGGUCCUCGUCCACAGACCUCGGCCUGACGGACGGGUCCUCCUUACGCAGGAGAGCAGCGGACAAACAGGCAUUUUCCACAACACUAUUCUCCAAGCCCUUGAGAGGCUUAGCUGACUGUGUAUUACUGCUAAAUUAAUGGUCACUUCUAUUAGGGAUGCACCGAUUGCAGUUUUCUUGCCGAUUAUAUUUAAAACAUCCGAUUUUGGCCUGAUAUGUUGCUAAAUAUAGCAUGAAAGUCGCAGAGCUGGCAACAGUGGGGUGACUACUGUUUACUGCAAAUGUGCAGACAUGACCUGGUGGGCAAGUUUCUCAGUCAAACCUCUCUGACAGCAGAGCAGGAGUGGCUGAUUUUUAAAUACUUGCUGACGUAGAUAAGAUAGGUGGACAAGAUGUGUUUCACAUGUAAGUAUCAGUCAAUCACCAAUCUCCCAAAAUUAAGGAAAUCAGCCCAGAUAAAUCGGCUGGCCGUUAAAUUGGUGCACCCCUAAUUUCUCUCUUAUUUGUUUGAACUGCCAAAUAACUGAACAAAACAAGUGUUUAUGUCCAAAAAACGAUCCUGCCACACAACAGUCAAAUAACAGGUUUGUACUUUGGACCUGAGUGGAUGUGAGAGCGUGGGUAAAGUCUUCAGAGAUGUAUUUUGCGUCCUGUAAUGUGUGCGCAUGUUUGUAACACGUGAUAUUAUUCAAAUUUUGCACUAAAACCCACUUCAGGUUCCUUGCUUCAUCUGUUACACAAUGGUGAGUGCCUUUGUCAAAACCCACCAAGAAAACAUAUUUGUACAUAUUUAGAGAGAUUAGGUAAAUUAUCUGUACUGCUUUUGUGUUAAUAAAGUAUAG